AUGUUAUUAAUAUUUUUUACAUUUUAUUUGUUCUGUUCAACACUCAGCUUCCACGAUACCGUCGUCAAACUAAAAUGUGAGAAUACAACAUCUUGCUAUGGCAUCACACUUAAUCCCAACCUAGUUCUGACAACCACACCCUGCGCCAAAUCUUGCAUGGCCAUUUUACACGAACAAGCACGAUAUGAUAUAGAGAAGGGAAUAUACUAUCCUCAUCUCAAGAAAAUUAGGCGAACCAAGCACCAAUAUCUGCCUGAUAAACUAGCGCUGGUCAGAAUAAAAGAACCAGUGUUAACGAGUUAUGCGCAAUUGUUAUCUAUAGACAUUGAAAAUAUAGUGCAGUUAAAUGGAUUUAUACCGCUAGUCGAAAGAGCGCCCGCGUACAGGAAUAUGUUGAUAAAAUUCUGUAUCUUUGAAUUCAAACGUACGGGUAGGUGUUAUAUAUGCACUAAUGGACACCGAGCAGAAAACUGCGCACUUCAAGGGAUACCUCUAAUUGUAAAGGGAAGGGUCGUAGCGAUAUCCGAAAAGCAAAAGCUAUGCAACAUACAAAGAGCCUUUAUAUCCGUAUCACCUUAUAUAUCUUGGAUAAACUCUAUGUUGAAACAUAGUAAACAUUACUUGAGGCAUAGCAGAAUAACAAAACAUUCUACUAAAACUACAUUAGGAAAUAACACAAAUAAAAAAGAGAAGAUAAAUAAGACUAGCAAAAGAAGAGAAGAAAACAAAACACACCCAAAAUCCAGAACCACAACGAAGAGACGUAAUAUAAAAGAAAAACGUAAAUCAAUAACUCCAUUCAAAUCGGCUGAUUGCAAUUCUUGCUCGAGAAACUUAGAACCAUUGCAAGUAAUCAAAAGUAGCACAAAACUCGUAAAGAGUUUAGCGACGAGAAAUCUUAAGUUAUUAAAAUUAACCAAGGGAAAAUUAGCGACGAAAAUGCAGUCACUCAAUCGAUCACACAAAACCUUGUCAAAACGAAAUACGAGUAAAAGAUUAUUAACCAAGAAUUCAUCUAAUAUCGUUCAAAAGAACUCAACCCCUAACAAGGACAAAUCUCCAUCUUCUUAUAAACCAGUGCCAUCUAUACAUCGUUCUAUUUCUUCGACCCUGCGCAUACGUAAAACUACAUCAACCUCUUCAAAAUCAUUUCGUAAUACUAAAUCACUAUUUGUUCUAACAAAAUCUCAAAAACAUACGCCCCGCAUUCCGUUAUCAACAGGUAGCAAUUUGCAAACUUCGAAUUCCAAUACGACGAACGCUAAAAAGAAUAUUACUAUGAAUUUGACCCAAUUUAGAGAAAUCACAGACGCAUUAGAUUGGUUUAAAAAGAGGUUCUAUGAUAAAUUGAAAACAGGACCACCCCCUGUUUUUAUAUUGACUACAAGUAAAAUUAAAAAGGAAUUCGUAGAUUUAACUUAG